UCUGCUCAGGUGACCGUUGCCCACAGCAAGACAACUCUCAGGCUUGGUGAUAGGAAUCAGUGAGUCUGAACAGGUUAGGUGAGAGAAGCUGACUUUUACCUCUGCUAGAUCCUGCAGGGAGAGCGUGUGUGUACCUUUAACUAAGGUGGUGUCUUUACUACUCUCUUCAGCUCAGACUGGGCACCAGUUCAUUCCACUCACCUACUGGGAGCAGCAGAAACUUACAGACAUCGAAGCUCACUGAUCUCUCUUCACCUCUCUCUAGCCUACCCUUCACUAACAUUUCUCUCUGCAGUGGCAAACUUGCAUGUUUAUCACUUAAUAACUAAAAUAAACAGCAUUGAUGAAGAUUUCCUCAUUCCAGAAUGAAAGCACAAUUCUCUUAAGACUCUAGGACAAGCAGAGCAGGAAUCCUAUAUCUUUGCUUGAACUCUAGUGACCACAUAUUGAGAGCUUAGGAGAGCUGGCCUGGCGCUUAGAAUCGGCUAUCCAUAGGAAGCAAGGAGAGGCUGGGAAAGUAAGGGUUUUACUGCCAAGACCACAAUGUCUAACAUGGUGCCCAGGCUCCACCAGGGCCAAGAUAAACAUGGCUCAUGCAGCUAGGGCCCAAUGCUGCUAACUUUAAACCAUACAAGAACUGCUUGUCUUUAGCGCUCAACUGCAAGGAACAUAAUAAAUGCUGGCUGAGGGAUGCUUCUGUUCUGGAAAAUCCAGGCAUCUUAAAUACCUUUCCCCACAAGUUAGAAAAAAUAAAAAUAAAAGAAGCAAUGUUUUGGGCAUCCAAGACACUCUGAGACUUUUAUGGCUCCAAGAUACCCGACACACUUAACUUUUAUUAACUUUCAUUUACAACUUUAGAAUGGGCCAGGCAUGAUGACAUACGCCUUUAAUCUCAGAAUUUGGAAGGCAGGCAGAUCUGAGGUUAGCCUGGUCUACAUAGCGAGUCCGAGUCCCUGUUUGGACUACCUGCUGCAAUGCCGGUCGGUUGGUCAACCGCAAGAAAACAUCGCUUCGCAAUGAGCAGGUUGAGAAAGCAAAUUCGCAAAGCCUUCAGUUUUUAAAAAGACAACUUGAUUCUGCCUAAAAUGGUCAAGAUCAUUCACACUCGGUGGUCACACUCGAGUUCUUUUUUUUUUUUCGAGACAGGGUUUCUCUGUAGCUUUGGGGCCUGUCCUGGAACUCGCUCUGUAACCAGGCUGGCCUCGAACUCAGAGACCCUCCUGCCUCUGCCUCCCGAGUGCUGGGAUUAAAGGCGUUCACCACCACCGCCCCGCCACACUCGAGUUCUGCAGCUGUGUGGGUCGCGGCAGGGCCGAGGCUGGGUUGCAGAGCACACGCACGGUUUCCCAGGUGGAGCGGACUACAAACCCGGCUUGAGCCACGGAACACCUAACCACCGGGCACAGUGGCAAGGCCUGAUACGCACGCGCGCCAGGGCACUUCGGGUACUAUCUCACCACACCAUCCGCUUCCGCGGCCGGCGCCAAAUAAGUCUCCAAGCCCGCCCGGCCCGUGCGUGCGCGGCCUUGGUGUCUGCGUCACUAGGAAGCGCGCGCCCGCGCCGCCGCCGCCGCCGCCGCCGCCGCCGAAUCCCCAACAAGGAGCGAAGCCUGCGGCCGCCACCGCCGCCACCCGCCGCCGCACCCGUCACAGCCGGGCGCCAGAGCAGGCCGGUGUGGGCCCAGGAUUUGAGACCCUGGAGGAGCAACACUGCUGACCGCAAGCAUCUUCUUCCACUAAGCAUGGCGACCCCAGAUGUGAGCGUCCACAUGGAAGAGGUGGUGGUUGUGACAACUCCAGACACUGCAGUUGACGGCAGUGGUGUGGAGGAAGUGAAGACAGUGCUUGUAACAACAAAUCUAGCCCCUCAUGGGGGUGACUUGACAGAAGAUAACAUGGAAACAGAAAAUGCAGCUGCUGCAGCUGCUGCAGCCUUCACAGCCUCUUCACAGCUCAAGGAAGCAGUGUUAGUGAAGAUGGCUGAAGAGGGGGAGAACUUAGAGGCUGAAAUUGUGUACCCCAUCACUUGCGGAGACAGCAGAGCUAACCUCAUUUGGAGGAAGUUUGUGUGCCCUGGCAUCAAUGUGAAAUGUGUUCAGUACGAUGAGCAUGUGAUCAGCCCAAAGGAGUUUGUGCACCUGGCAGGGAAAUCUACCUUGAAGGAUUGGAAGAGAGCCAUCCGGAUGAACGGCAUCAUGCUCAGGAAGAUCAUGGACUCUGGAGAGCUCGACUUCUACCAGCAUGACAAGGUCUGCUCUAAUACCUGUCGCAGCACAAAGAUCGACCUCUCCGGGGCCCGUGUGUCCCUGAGCAGCCCGACAUCCACAGAGUACAUCCCACUCACACCAGCUGCAGCUGAUGUGAAUGGCUCACCUGCUACCAUCACCAUAGAGACCUGUGAGGACCCUGGUGACUGGACCACAGCCAUUGGAGAUGACACAUUUGCAUUCUGGCGGGGACUAAAGGAUGCAGGCUUACUUGAUGAAGUCAUACAGGAAUUCCAACAGGAGCUCGAGGAAACCAUGAAAGGCUUGCAGCAGCGAGUACAGGACCCACCCCUGCAGCUCCGAGAUGCUGUCCUCCUCAACAACAUUGUGCAAAACUUUGGCAUGCUGGAUCUGGUGAAGAAGGUGCUGGCCAGCCACAAGUGCCAGAUGGACCGCUCUCGGGAACAGUAUGCCCGGGACCUGGCAGCCCUGGAACAGCAGUGCGAUGAGCACCGGCGCCGUGCCAAGGAGCUGAAGCACAAGUCCCAGCACCUCAGCAAUGUGCUCAUGACGCUGACGCCAGUCUCCCUGCCAUCACCUAUGAAGCGGCCCCGUCUUGCACGAGCUACAUCCGGACCAGCUGCUAUGGCUUCCCAGGUGCUUACACAGUCUGCACAGAUUGCUCUUGGUCCAGGAAUGCCUGUGUCCCAGCUGACCAGUAUGCCACUUAGCAAAGUGGUAUCUACACUGCCCUCCACUGUCCUGGGUAAGGGUUCUCCUCAAGCUGCCCCAGCCAGUUCACCGGCCUCCCCACUGCUUGGGGGCUACACAGUCCUGGCCUCCUCUGGCUCAACCUUCCCCAGCACGGUAGAGAUCCAUCCGGACACAUCCAGCCUCACAGUUCUGAGCACAGCUGCCAUGCAGGAUGGCAGCACAGUACUCAAGGUGGUCAGCCCACUGCAGCUGCUUACUCUGCCUGGCCUGGGACCAACCCUGCAGAAUGUGGCCCAGGCCUCACCUGCAGGCAGCACCAUCAUGACAGUGCCCACAGCAGCUGCUACUGGACCUGAGGAACACACAGCCACUAUUGAGGUGGCUGCUGUAGCGGAUGACCAUGAGCAGAAGUAGCUGGCAGGGAGGGUAAGAUCCUUCCAAGUUGGGCUGGCUGCCUCUCCUCAGGCCACUGCAGGCAGAGGCCACUACAGACACAGGCCACAGGGCUGGCUCAGCACAGGCAGGUCUGAUGGGCUGAACCAAAGAGAGGAUUGCCGGAUGAAUCAAGAGAAGAAAAGGGGGCAGAAUGAUGCCAGCAACCUGGAAAAUCAGUCUUCAGCUUCUAAACUUCCUCCCUUUUUUUCGUGGGAAAUACUGUUUUCCAUCUGUUGCUUAUUAAUCCUGUUUACACAUUGGGCCUUGAGCAGGAACCAGGGGGUCAGUGACCAGGAGGAGGCCUGGGUGCUUCUGGUUCAGCUGCAGAGCCAGCUCCAGAGCCCAGCUGAUCACAGGUCCGAGUGCUUGCACCCCAAUGGGGCUGAGCCUGCUGGGCCAUUAUUGACACAGGUCUUGGGCAGCAUGCCCGAGUGUGGAAGCCAUAGAUCCUAUGGAUUUGGUCUCUUCCCACAGUUCUCUGUAGGUUCAGUAUGGCCAGUGUCCAUGUUCUUUCACUGUGGGAACAUGCUCUGGGGCUUAGUGCAGACCCGAGUCAGGACCCCUUCCUACCCCACAGGCACUCAGGUGGUGAAGGGGUCUCAUGGACCUGGUAUGUUCUAGACCCCUUUGCACAUGGGCUGUGUUUUUAAGUGAAUUGCUUAGUAGGCUUCUAGGAAAAAAGUAAAUUUAUAGUGUCUUCAACCAAAACAAUGCUGAGUGCCUAGGCUCCCGAGUCAGUUCUGGGAGAGACCCAGAGCACCUGUCCACACACCUAGCCGCUGCUAGAGGUCUUAGGUAGUGUCUGUCCCUGAGACAAAGCUCUGGAGGAUCUGUAUGGAGGUAUGCCCGAGACUUGGGGUAGUUCAGAUAACUCCCUAUGUGCAGCCUGCACUUAUAGCCCCCUAUAGUAGCGCCCCUAAAUUUUCCCUGGAAGUAGAGCAGGAGCUCUCUGGUCAGUACUCAGUGUCUCUAUCCUGAGAGCCCCUGGGUGUGUGAGAAGGCUGUUUAGAAUUGGAGGGUCGGUCAGCUGGGAGAUAGGAUCCAAAAUGUUCCAUGGAAGGCUGUCUGCAGGCAGUUUUUACAGGUCUGGUUGGUUCCAUGCAAAGGGCUAUCCUUUAGGCCAGAGUCGUCCUUGGAGCCAAACAAUUCAGGGAACAGAGUUUUGGCCUCUUGGUAAGGUUCAAAGGCCCCACAGCAGGGAGGGACCACUGUCCAGCCAUCCAUCCCUCUUGAGUGCCCUUUGCUAUGACUGGGGCCUUGCCUGCCCCUGCUCUCACCCCAUGUCAAGCUACUGAGGUUCUAGCUCUUGUUUUCCUUCUGUUACAUCAUUGUUCACUGUGGUCAUGAAUCGGCUGGUUUUGGCAGAUGUUUACCUGUUUAUGUAUAUAUCCCUUUUUAAAAACUUUUUUUUCCUCGAGUUACAAGUCCUGUUAAAUGCAGCAGUGUGAUUCUAGGAGUAUUGGAAGGACCAGUAGGAUGGGUACUGUCCAGAAGUCCCUGCUCUACAAGCUCAGACUAGAUUAGUGUCACAAAUAAAACCUUCCUGCCCUGGGAAUCAAGAGCCUUUCCUUGGCACAAGUCCCAGGUGCCACCUUCUUUUUAGGAUGUGGGCCAGUUUUCUUUCUUCGUAAGAGCAAGGUCGAAACCUUUUCAGCCCUUGACCUUUGGCACAUGGAGGUACUGGAAGGUGAAAUUCGUUUUAGAGCCUUACAAAAGUAACCCUCAAAUCAGCUUCAGAAUUAGUUCACACAACCCAUUCCCAGUGUCCCCAGAGGCUGUCCAUAGCCCACCCUCCAAGACUGUUCCUGGCAGGCCAGGGAGGGUUCUUCAGGGCAGAGAAGGGCCAGUAGUCCCAUCGGCAUGGAGGUUACAGUUCUGGGGGAGGAAGUGACCAUUGCCCACCACCUGUUUGCUCCUGCCUCUUGUGGUUCCUACUGACUCCUCUGUUGCUGCGUUCCCUGCCCAUUGGGCCAUCCAGGAUCCAGGAAGGAAGGUCUUCCCCUCCACAUGCAAACAUGGGUGCUUGUGGCCGCUUUCAGUUUGGUUUUCUGAGGAAAUAGGAAGGAUUUGGUUUGCAGAGGGUGCAGCUCCUUCCUAUGCCUGCCCAGGAGGCAUGCAGGGAAGGGCAAGUUUGAGUUCCUUGAGUUCUACUUUGUAUGUUGUUAAGCAAGUAUCUGCUUGGUACUUUGAUUUAAAAUAAAAACACUUUUGUAAUUUG